CGGAGCCGAGCGGCAGCCGGAGCCCCAGCCCUAAGUCGCCGCGGUGGGCUCCAGACCUGCCCCGCCCCGCCCUGCUCCGCGACCCCCCUGCGCUUUCCGCCGCCCGCCGCCAGCCCCUCUGCGCUGCCUGGGAGCGAGCAGCUUGUCCGGCACCCGGAGUCCCAGAUGGCUUCAGUGACUGAUGGUAAAGCUGGAGUCAAAGAUGCCUCUGACCAGAACUUUGACUACAUGUUCAAACUGCUCAUCAUUGGCAACAGCAGUGUUGGCAAAACCUCCUUCCUCUUCCGCUAUGCUGAUGACACCUUCACCCCAGCCUUUGUCAGCACCGUGGGCAUUGACUUCAAGGUAAAGACCGUCUACCGCCAUGAGAAGCGAGUGAAGCUGCAGAUCUGGGACACAGCUGGGCAGGAACGGUACCGGACCAUCACCACAGCCUAUUACCGUGGGGCCAUGGGCUUCAUUCUGAUGUAUGACAUCACCAAUGAGGAGUCCUUUAAUGCUGUCCAAGAUUGGGCUACUCAGAUCAAGACCUACUCCUGGGACAAUGCACAGGUUAUCCUGGUGGGGAACAAGUGUGACAUGGAGGAAGAGAGGGUUGUUCCCACUGAGAAGGGCCAGCUCCUUGCAGAGCAGCUUGGAUUUGACUUCUUUGAAGCCAGUGCCAAGGAGAACAUCGGAGUGAGGCAGGCCUUCGAGCGCCUGGUGGAUGCCAUUUGUGACAAGAUGUCUGAUUCCAUAGACACGAUCCCCUCUGUGUUUCGUGCCCCCAAGAAUGCCCGUCUCUCAGACACCCCACCACUGCUGCAGCAGAACUGCUCAUGUUAGGCAAGGUCCACCCUCCUGAUCUCCCGUUACUGUGGCCCCACUCCCACUCUGCCUUCCCCAUUACACUCUGUCCAUUCCUAGCCCUGAGCAAGCUGAGUUCCUGCUGUUUUUUGCCUGCAGCAGAGAUGGAAGAAUGCCCUGGGUUCUCUGCAGAUGGCCCCACUUACAGAUACUCAGCACUAGACUAAUAGCCAGGUCACAACGUGGGUGGAGAUGCACUGUACAAAAGAAGGCUCCGUUUUAUGAAGGGGAUUCACUACAAGCAUGUUGUAGCUUUUCUGUCUUUAAUACAUGAUUUCCUCCCCUUAUCAAAAUUUGACACAACACACUUUUCAGGACCUGGCCAACUGUGUAAUGUGAGGCCUACUUGCACAGCUAAUCCUAUUAAAGAAAACCUCCCCGUGCACAACAUGCUUGUUUCAUACCAGGCUCCCUGUGGGAAUUCCUCUCACUUCAAGUCAAGCUUUGGCUCUCAAAGCCCUAUGCCUGUUACCACGGAUGCCCACAGGGCCUGGGCAGUUGCUGUGGCGACAGACCAGAGCUAGUCUCCAGAGAGUUCAGACUCUCCAGUUGAAGGAGCAAAGGCUGAGUAAGAAACACACUUAAAAGAAAGAUUUUCCCUUGCAAAAUGGCAAAGGUUCCUCCUGUAUGAAAGAGCAAAUGAGUGAGUUUAAGAAAGACGAAAAAAAAAAAAAGAUAAAGCUAAAGAAGAGUUAAAGAAACAGGUCAUGAAUUUCUGAUUUUGCUGCUUCCCAGCUGGUUCUUAACUGUGGAACUUCAUGAAAUCAAUCAUUGGAUUUAGACUUCCAGAAUCUGAAAAAUUUUGAGUUGGUAGGAUCUCAUAUUUUACCUAGUCUGACUAAUCAAUUCCAAUCUUCGUAUCUCUGACAAGUGGCUUUCAGGCCUCACAACCAAAUCUCUUUCUUCUAUGUGUACCUUCUAGGCAGGUACAAGGGCUCUAUGUCCACACCGUCUUUGGGGAGCUCUCAUAAUCAAAAAAGUUUUCUUUGCUCUAAGCUGAAAUCUGCCUCCUGGAGAUUCUUCCUCUUCCCACCCCAGCUGUACCAGCUCUGCCAUCAGAGACCUUAUAGUCUUUACCUCUUCUGCCCCUUGACACCGUCAGAUGGUUUGAGAACAGAAAUCAUAACCCUGGGAUCUGCCCUUUCUCUAAGUCAAGUAGUUCUAAUUCCACUUGCCAUUCUUUGUAGGAUCUUGUCCCCAACCUGCCCUUUUCCUUCAACCCAUCUUUCAAUCACUCCUGAUUAGUCUGACUGGGAAAUAUGAUUCAAAGCAGAAUAAAUGUAAGGAGGCAUAACCCUGAAAAAAUUGGUAAAACUGAACUGAGCGGUCUCAAUCCCAAACUCAUUCUCCUGGCAGUAAAAUCGUAGUUUCUACGAAAGAGCAGAUGUGAAACCACUCCUGGUGAGAGCUGCUUACUUAAACACCUAAAGAAAAACAAAAAAAACCCUCUGACAUGAGAAACAAACUGAAUGGAUUUGCUCAUGAUUCUAGCUUGUUUAGAUAAGGCACAUUUUUGUUUUUUUCUGAAAUAAUGACAUAGAAGUAGCAACGAUUUCUGAAAAUCUUUCCUUCUAAUCCUGACCUGAAUCUCCAGCUUCCCUUGCAUUAAUGUGCCAUCUCAAAAGUUCGUUGGGGUAGGUGAGAAUCUCUCCCAAGUUUUCUCUCAUUUUCAAAUGCAGCUUGCUCAUUGUCCUAGCAAAGUUCAUUAACUAACGACUUUGUAGGUAGGUCCAGCACUACCUACAAUGACCCUCCAGAGUCAGCCCAAAGGAUGUUGCUUUUGUUAUUGUAGUGCAGAGAACGGAGCUUUGGACUUGGAAUCAGGAGACCUAGAUUGUAUGACUCUGGACUCCAUUACUCCACAUCUCUGAGUCUUGAUUUCCCACCUAUAAAAUAAGGGGGGUUAUCUGGAUAAACCUUAAGGUCCCUUAAUAACUCUUCGACUCUUUUUUCACCUUCAUCAUUUCAGUUGAUCUGCAAAAUAAAACUGAGAGAUGAGAAUUAUUAACCCCAAUGUUAUUGUAGCCAAACUGGCAUCACGAUUACUCUGUACUAGGCAUUGUUCCAAGCACUUUCCAUGUUUAAACUCAUUUAUCUUCCCAACACCUUUGUGAGGGAGGCACUAUAAUCAACCUCAUUUAAAGAUGAGAAAACUAAAGUACAAAGAGGUUCUCUAGCUUGCCUAAGGUCACAUAAUGAGUAAAUGGUAGAGCCCGGGGGUCAAGCCCAGGCAGCAGGCUCCAAGGUCUGCUCUUCACCACAUUCUAUACUACAUUUCCUAUAAACUGUGAUCCCAAGAGGUAAGAGACUUGGCCAAGAUCACACAGCUAGAGGAUGUUAGAACCACAUUAGGAUUCAGUCCCAAGGCCAUUGAACUUUAAAUCCACUGGACAAAAGAUUUAUGCCUCUAAUCUGUUAAAAAAAUUGCUCAACUAUUCAGAUUAAUCUGAGGUGAUGUGAUAUGGAAAGGAGUGAGUCUCUGAAGCAACCAGGUCCCACGAAUCUGAGCAAAAAAUGCCCUGUGUUUUUUCUCAGGCCCAGGCACCGGCUUUUCCUGUGUCUGCCUCUGUCAGACAAUUCUUAUCCAGUUCUCAAGCAGUGCUUUCAGCAGCUACCCUGCUCCAACAAUGGAGGAUUUGGGAGGAGUGAAUUGAUUAAUUUCUCUGAUGACAGAAAAAUGUGGUCCUUUCACAGGGACCCCUGUAUGGUUCUGGAUGUCCCAUACAGGUCAGGAAUGUUUACUGUUUUUCUGGGCAGUAACACUCAUAUAGGAUUAGGAUUUCAGACUGAGCUCCUCAUGAUCCCGGGAUAUUUAGUACAUCUAUCUAAUAAUCUUUUCCCUCCUUCUGAGUAUCCGAACGAAGGUUGAAAUUUUUACUUUAAAACCUGUCAAAAUUCUUUAAACUUCACUCAGGAGUCAGUUCAAGGGAGCAAACAUCUUCACAGCAGAUGGAAUCAAGAGUUAAAUGUAAUAGUGGCAGACUCUUCUACUGGGCAACAAACAGACCUGCUUGUUAGAUGGCAAUUCCCCAGCCUUGCUCUGCGACCUCAUUUUUGCUGAGUGGAAGGCAGCAGCUUCCAGCCGAUUGCAGUGCAAUGUUCAUCAAUCACGGUAAUAGUGCAAUUAGCCACCAAGGUUCAAGCUGCACAAUAUGUGUUAGCGGCAGCUUGUCCUGGUUUUUACCUUGCUUAAUCCAAAUAAAAGAAGAUUAAAAAAAACUGUUGACCUCUAAAGAGGCAAAUGUAGGCCAAAAGUGCAAUACAGUAUUGUAGCUAUUUACAGAAUCUGUUUUAAAUGCAUGUUUAUUUGUAAAUAUAAAGUGAUUUGUGACUUAACAGUGUCUCCUCACUCUGUAGCGUUAUUAACUUCUAGGAGCAGCAAUGGGAUACAGUAUGCAGAAUGGUCAUAAAAUCAUCAAAUGUUAGAUCUGGAUGGGAGCUGAGUGAGAGAAAGCCUUGUUCAGGCUCCUUGUUUUACAAACAGGAAGGCUGAGUUCCAGGGAGGGAGAGGUAAUUUCUUAAGGUCACACUGAAAAUAUAUUAGCCAGGACUAGAUCUUGGAUCACCUCCAGGGAGAAAUUCACCUCUUCUGUAUCUACUAUGGGACUGGAACUAUUAAACACUGGAUAAAUAUACAUGAAAACAAAUGAUCUCUGCCUGCAACAUACCUAUAGCCUAAUGGAGGUGUUGUUCCUUAAAUAGUAUUACCCCGAUUUGGCCGGUGUUGGGAUAGUAUUAUCCCAACAUAGCCUUGGAAAAACUAAAACGCCUAAGUUACUCACUGGUAUCAUUUGAACCCAACUCUGACUCAUUAGCUUUCAGUUUUUCUCUUCAGACUGUGUUUCAGAUGAAGGAUAUAUAGGGUGGUGGUAGUGACAGAUGCCCAAGGAUUCUCAGAGUUAAUUAAACAACCUCAGUUGGGACAUUGGUUUCACAAUUGCUUUGUGACUGCAGCCUUGUAAUGUCCACAGAAUGGUAGGAACAUCCUCCAGACCUGACUUUCCCUCUCACAUCACCUACUGCCCCAAACCUCCUUGCUUGGAUAUCAAGUUUCCUAGAAUGUCUUGAAGAAUGAUUAUUUGAGUUUGUUUGCUGCAAGUUUGGGUAAGAAGAAGAUAUUACAGCAGCCAGUGUCCUGGGACCUCACAGAUUUCAGAUUCCCCACCCUAAACCUAUACAUGAUUACUUGCGAUAGCUGGACAAUCAAGUAACAGCCUGUAAUUGGGAAUGCAUGCAAGGGGCAGGCCCAUGAGAUACAAAUACCGCUAAAUGAUGUUAUUGAAGGCCUGGAACCCUUAUGUGGAGUAGGCAAAGCUCAAAAAUAUAUUAAUUCAACAAAUUAGUGUCUAGUAUGAGCCAGGAUAUAAUCAGUGGCAAAGUAGACACAGUCCUUGCUUUUAUGAAGCUUACUGUCUAGUUCCUUGUGGUUUAGUCCAGACAUUGUAAAAUAAUCACCCAAAUAUAAUUACAAAGUGCCCUGAAGGAAAGGUACAUCAUUCUAUGAGAACACAUUACUGGGAACCUGAAUCACCUUUGUGGGGCUGUUUCAGGGGAAUCUAGGAAGAUACCACUGCCCCCAAAUAUCUCCACUACCAAUUGGCCAUUGCCUUACACUCCUCAAUUAAGUCUCAUCUUUUAGUUCAAACCCUUGAUGGCUGGUCAAACACAAAUCCUCCAAAAAGAAUAAGGGUGAGAGAAAGAAUACCUGUACCUGUGCAACAUUUUUAGAUGGCCUGGGUCAGAGUUAACUGUUGUCCUCUGACAUAACAAACCACUCCAAGAUUUAGUGAAUUAAAACAACAAGCAUUAUUAUUUCUUAUGAUUCUGUGGGUUGGCUGGGUGGUUCUUCUGGCUGAGGCUGGAUGGGUACACUCACAAGUCUGGGGUCCCAGCUGAGAUGACUAGGGUGAUCGAGGGCUCUCUCCAUGUCUUCUCAUUCUCUAAGAGGCUGCCCAUACUUGUUCACUUGGUGGUAGACAUUUUCUCAGUAGCAAGAGAGGGCAAACCCCAGGCAGAAGCUUUUUCCAAGCCUCUGUAUCAUGUUUGCUAAAGUCCCACUGCCCAUGCAAGUCACAUAGCUAAGCCCCAUUUUAAAGAGUGAAGAAACAGAUUCCAUCUUUUGAUGGGAGGAGUUAUGAAAUAUUGUAAGCAUUUUUUUCAAUCUACCAAAGGAAGCAACCCUAAGUUAUCUGAAACCAAGUUUGGUAAAUUUCCCUGGGGCUUAAAACCUGGCUCUGAAGAUAUCCCCAAAGAGAGAUGUCAAAAUGGUUUUUAGCAGGGCAAUCUCAUCAUUUGUUUAGUUGUCCAAAGGAUCUGUUUUGGAGGAAUAAAGACACAUCUGGAUGGAGUUUUAAUGCUUGUUUAACAGUUCAUUGGAUACUUCUUAGCUACCCCCUGGGGGUGAGCCUGACUUCUCAUUCUAAGGGAUUCACUGUAAUAAUGGUUGUGCUUCCCACCUGAAGUUUGUGGCCAGAGCCAGCAAAAGGAUUCAGUAUAUACGCAGGAAAGAUGGCCCAAAGAAUAGCUGGGCCCUCUGCUCUAGCUAUGCUCUCUUCCUUGGAGAGCUCAUCUAGUCCUGUGGCUUCAGAGGCCAACUCUGGUAAUGCCAUGUAUACAAGUGCCUUCUAGACAUCUCCAUGUCUCACACUUAACAUAUCCACUUUGGCAUUCUUGAUUCUGCUCCAAACUUAUUUCAAUUGCAGUCUUCACAGAAAUCUUAGUUUUAUUCUUAAUUCCUUUUUUUUCUUUUUUCUUAGUGUCCAUGUCAAAUACAGCAGCAAGUUAUAUGAUUCUACUUCUAAAAUAAACCUCAAGUCUGCCUGCUUUUCUCCAUUUCCAUUGCCCCAAUAUUGUCCAAGCCACCACUGUUUCUUCUCUAGAGAGCUAUCACGGAGCUCUUACCCAGUGUCCCUUCUCCACACGUUGUCCUACAGUCCAUCCUCCACACGACAGCAGUCUUUUUAAAAUAUAAAUGAAGAGCUCAGCAACACCGAGGUUUAUGUCAAUACCACACAUGAAAAUAAUCCAGAGGCUUUCUUUAUUAUUAACAAAAAUUAUUUUUUCAGUUCUGUUUCUAGCUUGAACCUGUUCUUAACAUGUAGGACCUCUGGUAAAUCAUUCCCUGUAAUAGCCAGAUAUCACUUCUCCCUGAAUUUCUUCUGGAAAUAACAAACUCUUCUUUUGCAGUACCAAACCAGGUGAUUCUAGUGAAGACUGUCAGUAAUGGGGACAUGUGAUCAAGUGAGGCCAGACUCCUUCCCUAGGAUUAAAACGAACCAAACAAAACUGGAGCUAUUUUCUUUCCUUUUGAGUGGCAAAUAUGUGAGGAUGUGUGCUCUAAAGCUGUGUUUACCCAUCCCCAACCCAUGUGUAGAAUACUUGUCUGUGGUAAGAGAAAACAAGACCAUCAUGCAGAUAGAAACAUAGACAAAGGUGAGAAAAUAUAUCCUGUGGCUUUCUCAGCCCUGAUUUUGGCUUCUUGAGGUUUGGCCAGUCACCUCUUCCUUUGAUUCUGUUGGAUACCUUUGUGAAUAUUUCUAAUAAAACCUCCAUUUAGCUUUGUUC